GGCGAAUCGAAAACCGGUGGCGGUCGCGGGCAGUUUGAAUUGGAUUGUGGGCUCCAAACCCGCGGAGGCUGUACCUGGAUCUGACUCUCUGAAGGGUUGUUUUCCCUUCCUCGCCAGCAAGUUUAUUUGUAAAUGUUUGAAUAAUAAAGAGAGGAGAGCAAAAUGAGCUGGGCUUUGGAAGAAUGGAAGGAAGGCCUGCCUACCAGAGCUCUUCAGAAAAUCCAGGAGCUUGAAGGACAGCUGGACAAACUGAAGAAAGAAAGGCAGCAAAGGCAGUUUCAGCUUGAAACCCUGGAGGCUGCGUUGCAGAAGCAAAAACAGAAGGUCGAGAAUGAAAAAACUGAGGGUGCAAAUCUGAAAAGGGAGAACCAAAGCUUGAUGGAAAUCUGUGAAAAUCUGGAGAAGACUAAGCAGAAGAUUUCUCAUGAACUUCAAGUCAAGGAGUCACAGGUGAAUUUCCAAGAAGGACAACUGAACUCCAGCAAAAAACAAAUAGAAAAACUGGAACAGGAACUUAAAAGGUGUAAAUCUGAACUUGAAAGAAGCCAACAGGCCGCCCAGUCUGCAGAUGUGUCUCUGAAUCCAUGCAUUACACCACAAAAAGUUUUUACAACUCCACUCACACCAAGCCAGUAUUACAGCGGUUCCAAAUAUGAAGAUCUAAAAGAAAAAUAUAAUAAAGAAGUCGAAGAACGAAAAAGAUUAGAGGCAGAGGUGAAAGCCUUGCAGGCAAAGAAAGCAAGCCAGGCUGUUCCCCAAAGCACCAUGAAUCACCGGGACAUUGCCCGACACCAGGCUUCAUCAUCGGUGUUCUCCUGGCAGCAAGAAAAGACCCCAAGUCGUCUUUCAUCCAAUGCUCUAAAAACUCCAAUUAGGAGAGAUUUCUCUGCAUCUUAUUGUUCUGAGGAACAGGAGGUGACUCCAAGUAGAUCAAUUCUGCAGAUAGGGAAAAGAGAUGCUAAUAGCAGUUUCUGUGACAAUUCUAGCAGUUCUCAUCUUUUGGAUCAACUAAAAGCCCAGAAUCAAGAUCUAAGGAGCAAGAUUGGGGAGCUGGAACUACGUCUGCAAGGACAAGAAAAAGAAAUGAAAGGCCAAGUGAAUAAACUUCAAGAAUUGCAGGUCCAGCUGGAAAAAGCAAAAGCAGAAUUAAACGAAAAAGAGAAAGUUCUGAACAAAAGCAGAGAUGAGCUCGUGAGAACAACAGCACAGUAUGACCAGGCGUCAACCAAGUGUACUGCUUUGGAACAAAAACUGAAAAAACUGACUGAAGAUUUGAGCUGUCAGCGUCAAAAUGCAGAAAGUGCCAGAUGUUCUCUGGAACAGAAAAUCAAGGAAAAAGAAAAAGAGUUCCAAGAGGAGCUCUCCCGUCAACAGCGUUCCUUCCAGACCCUGGACCAGGAGUGCACUCAGAUGAAAGCCAAACUCACCCAGGAGCUACAGCAAGCCAAGAACACGCGCAACAUCCUACAGGCUGAACUGGAUAAAGUCACAUCCAUAAAGAACCAGCUAGAAAAAAAUUUGGAAGAAUUUAAGCAAAAGUUUGGCAGAACCGAACAGGCCUUACAAGCGAGUCAGACCAAGGAACAUGAGCUGAGGAGAAGCACUGAGGAGAUGAAGAGGGAAAACAGCCUCUUGAAGAGUCAGUCUGAGCAAAGGGCCAGAGAGGUCCGCCACCUGGAGGAAGAGCUGAAGAAGGUCAAGCAAUGUUUGAGUCAGAGCCAGAGUUGUGCAGAAGAAAUGAAGGCUAAGAAUACCUCUCAGGAAACCAUGUUAAGAGAUCUUCAAGAAAAAAUAAGUCAGCAAGAGAAUUCCUUGACUUUAGAGAAACUGAAGCUUGCCUUGGCUGAUCUGGAAAAGCAGAGAGAUUGUUCUCAAGACCUUCUGAAGAAAAGGGAACAUCACAUUGAACAACUGAACGAAAAGCUGAGCAAAACAGAGAGAGAGUCUGAAGCUUUAUUGAAUGCUCUGGAGAUAAAAAAGAAAGAGUAUGAAGAAUUGAAGGAAGAGAAAACUCUGUUUUCCCACUGGAAAAGUGAACACGAACAACUUUUAAAUCAGCUGGAAUCAGAAAAGGAAAGCUUGCAGAAUAAAAUUAAUCACUUGGAAACCUGUCUGAAGACACAACAGAUAAAAAGCCACGAAUACAAUGAGAAAGUGAGAACACUGGAAAUGGAAAGAGAAAAUCUAAAUGUUGAGAUCAGAAACCUUCACAACGUGAUAGACAGCAAGACUGCAGAGGCAGAGACACAGAAACGGGCGUAUGGAGAGCUCCAACAGAAAGCUGAGUUCUCAGAUCAGAAGCAUGAGAAGGAAAUAGAAAAUAUGUGUUUGAAAAUUUCUCAGCUAACUGGACAGGUUGAAGAUCUAGAACAUAAGCUUCAGUUACUGUCAAGUGAAAUCAGGGACAAAGACCAGCGUUACCAAGACUUGCACACCGAAUCUGAGAGCCUCAGGGAUCUGAUAAAAUCCAGAGAUUCUCUUGCAGUGACAAACGAGGCUCCUCAGAGAAGUCUUUUGGGUUUUGAACCGCAGUCUGCAAUGAAUAAUUCCUUUGCAAAUAUAACUGGAGAACAAGGAAGCGUGCCUUCGGAAAGGAUCAAGUGCCGUUUAGAAACAGAUCAAAGUCCCGAGCGUUCAGCCAUGUUACACAAUAGAGUCAUUUCUCUUGAAUUUUCGUUAGAGUCUCAGAAGCAGAUGAACUCGGAUCUACAAAAGCAGUGUCAAGAGUUGGUGGAAAUCAGAGGAGAAAUAGAAGAAAAUCUAAUGAAAGCAGAACAGAUGCAUCAAAGUUUUGUGGCUGAGACAAGUCAACGCAUUAGUAAGUUACAGGAAGACACUUCUGUUCAUCAGAACGUUGUUGCUGAAACUUUAGUUGCCCUGGAGGGCAAAGAAAGAGAGUUACAACUUUUGCAUGAAAAAUUAGCAACUGAGCAGGCAGAAACUCAAGAAUUAAAAAAGAGCAACCAUUUACUUCAGGAAUCUCUAAAGGAGCUACAACUUUUGUCUGAAACGCUGAGCUUGGAGAAAAAGGAAAUGAGUUCCAUCAUUUCUCUCAACAAAAAGGACCUUGAAGAGCUGACCCGAGAGAAUGAGACGCUCAAGGGAAUGAACGCAAACUUAACCCAAGAGAAGAUGGAUUUGCUCCAAAAAACUGAGAGUUUUUCCAACUGUAUAGAUGAAAGAGACAAAAGCAUUUCAGAGCUAUCUGAUCAGUUCAAACAAGAAAGACUUACUUUACUACAAAGAUGCGAAGAAACAGGACAUGCGUUUCAGGAUCUUAGUGAAAAAUACAAAGCAGUGCAGGAAGAGAACUCUAGACUAGAAUGCUUGCUGAAUGAACGCAGCCGUGUUGGUGAAGAUCGAAAAAAUGAACUGGAACAGCUAAAGGAAUCACUUGCGAGGGAACACCAAGCAUUUGUAUCACAGUUAGCAUUAGCUGAAGAAAGAAACCAGAGUUUAGUUCUGGAGUUGGAGACAGCGCAGCAAGCCCUGAGAUCUGAGAUUACAGACAUCCAAAACAGUUCCAAGAGGGAGGCUGAUGGUUUAAAGCAAGAAAUCAUGACUUUAAAGGAAGAGCAAAGUAAGAUGCAACAGGAAGUUGAUGCCUUAUUACAAGAGAAUGCGCACCUCAUGGAAUUAAUGAAGACGAAACAUGAGCAUCAGCAUCUGGAACUGGAACCCAUUUGGGCCUCGGUGAAAGAAGGAGAGAGGGAGCUAAAUAAAGGUCAGGUUCAACUUCCGAUGGCUCUUGAAGCUCAAGAAGCUUCUCUAGACAGUAGUAAUGCACAACAGGUACAAUUAGAAAUUGAAGUGAGAGACUUGGAAUUAAAACUUCAGGAGAACGAGAAGGAGGAGGCAUCACAGAUAAUUGGAGGAGAAUUAGAAACUGGAAAUUUGCAACGAGACACUCAAUCACAAGACGUGAGCAGCCUUGGAGAUUGUGAAGUCCAUCCGGAAGACAAGUUUCUCUCAGUGCUUCAUGAACUGUCAACAAAUCAGCAGGACAACGCCCACCUGCAGUGCUCCCUACAGACAGCAGUGAGCAAGCUGAACGAGUUAGAGAAAAUGUGUGCAGCACUACAGGCGGAAAAGCUUGAGCUCAUAUCCGAGCUGAACGGCUCAAGGUCAGAAUGUAUCACGGCAACCAGUAAAAUGGCAGAAGAGGUGGGGAAACUGGUUAAUGAAGUUAAAAUACUAAACGACGAAAAUGGACGUCUUCAGGGUGAGACAGUGAAACCAACGCCAGAAAGUGAGUUUGGUGAACAGCAAGAGGAGCAGACAGCUGUGUCCUUCAAUCCUGUGGAUGACAGUAAUUUCGCUGAGCACCUGACAGUGUCAAACAAAGAAGUUCGGAUGCACUUUGCUGAAUUACAAGAGAAAUUCUCAUCUUUACAGAGUGAACACAAAAUGUUACAUGAUCAGCACUGUCAGAUGAGCUCUAAGAUGUCAGAGCUGCAGUCCUAUGUGGACUCACUAAAGGCUGAAAAUUCAGUCUUGACCAUGAAUCUGAGAAACUCGCAAGGUGACGUGGUAAAGGAGGUGAUGCCGGGACCUGGGGAGGAGCGUUUACUGUCCUUGUCGUUCUCUGGUGUGACUGACAGUCCUGGUAACACAAGUUUGGGAGACGCCUCUUUUUACAAAGAUCUUUUAGAGCAGGUGGGAGAAAUGUCCCUUUUGAAUAAUUUUGAAGGGAAUGUUUCAGGAAACCAGUCUAACGUAGAGGAAGCCUCUUGCUCCAGUUUGGAGGAGGAGGAUGUGACCAGGAGAGAGGCCCUUUCUGCCCCAGCAAGAAGUGUUGAAGAACUUGAGAUCCUUUGUCAGAUGUACCUGCAGUCCCUCAAGAAGCUGGAAGAGAAAAUUGAAAGUCAAGGGAUCAUGAAAAAUAAGGAAAUUGAAGAGCUCGAGCGGUUACUAAGCUCUUCGAGGGAAGAGCUUGAUUGUCUCAGGAAGCAGUAUUUGUCGGAAAAUGAAGAGUGGCAGCAGAAGCUGACAUGCGUGACUCUGGAGAUGGAGUCCAAGCUGGCAGCAGAAAAGAAACACACAGAACACCUGACGCUUGAGCUCGAGGUGGCACGACUCCAGCUGCAGGGUCUGGACUUGAGUUCUCGGUCUCUGCUUGGCACUGACAUGGAAGAUGCUAUUCAGGGUGGAAAUGAUAGCCGUGACAUAAGAGAAUCAGAAGAAUAUACUUCAGAAACUAAAGAGAGGACACCAAAGCAUGAGAUCGAUCAGAUUUGUGAAAAAGAUAUUCAGCAGGACCUCGGUCUAGAGAUUAAGAAAAUAACCAAGGCUAGUGCAGUCAGACUCACAGGAGGAUGGUCCAGAGAGCAGUCCCCAGAAACCAGUCCUGAGAUUCCACUGGACGACACAACCCAGGGCUGUUCAGAAUGCAUUUCUGAAUUGUCACCUUCUGGUCCUCAUGCUUUGGUACCUAUGGAUUUUCUGGAGAGUCAAGUAACCAUUCAGAAUCUCCAGCUGCAGGUGAAAGAGACAUCAGAUGAGAAUCUGCGAUUACUUCAGGGCCUAGAGGAACGUGACCAAAAAGUCAAAAGCUUGCUACAUGAAAUCAAAGAGUUAGACUCAAAACUCAGUUUACAGGAAGCACAACUAACUACCAAGAUUGAAGCAUGUAUGGAAUUGGAAAAAGCAGUUGAGGAACUUAAGAAAGAAAAAUCGGAUUUGAAUGAAAAAUUGGAAUCCUUUUCUUGUGAUAACCAGAGAGUAGUAGAAAGAUCAGGAGGCCUCACCUCAUCGGACUUAGAAAUGGGCACAGAUAAACUGUCAUGUGAAGUUAUUGAAGACGACGUAGCCAAGGCGACCGACAGCUGGGGAGAGAGGUAUUUUGACAUGAACAAUGAGCUACAGAGGAUCAAAUCUGAGAAAGGUAGCACGGAGCAUCAUGCCCUCUCUGCAGAAGCUGACUUAGAGGUAGUUCAGACAGAGAAGCUGUACUUAGAAAAAGACAAUGAAAAUAAGCAGAAAGUUAUAACCUGUCUUGAGGACGAACUCUCUGUGGUCACACGUGAGAGAGACCGGCUUCGUGAAGAACUGGAUACUUUGUCAGAAGAAAACAAAGAGCUGGAUCAGCUGUCAGAAAAGAUGAAGGAGAAAAUAGGAGAGCUCGAAUCUCUUCAAGGUGAGCGUCUCCAUCUCCAAGAGCAGCUGCAGAGUUUGGAAAAGGACUCACAGGCACUGUCUCUGGUAAGGAGUGAGCUGGAAAACCAAAUCGGACAACUGAAUAAAGAGAAAGACUCACUCAUAAGGGAAUCUGAAAGCUUGCAGAGCAAACUGAGUGAACUGGAGCGUGAAAAGCUGACCACUGCCAAGGCCUUGGAGGCUGCACUCAUGGAGAAAGGCGAGGUCGCGGUGAGGCUGAGCUCAACGCAAGAGGAAGUGCACCAGCUGAGAAAAGGCAUUGAGAAACUACAGGUCCGCAUCGAGGCUGACGAAAAGAAGCAGCUCCACGUCUCAGAGAAGCUAAAAGAGAGCGAGCGUAGGAAUGACUCGCUUCAGGAUAAAGUUGAAAACCUUGAAAGGGAACUGCAGAUGGCAGAAGAAAACCAAGAGCUGGUGAUUCUUGAUGCUGAGAAUUCCAAAGCAGAGGUGGACACCCUGAGAACACAAAUGGAAUUGAUGACCGAAAGCCUGAAAACUUUAGAAUCAGACCUUGUCACGACACGGUCAGAAAAAGAAACCCUGACGAAACAACUACAAGAAAAACAAGGUCAGGUGUCUGAAUUAGACACAUUGCUCUCCUCAUUGAAAAAUCUAUUAGAAGGAAAGGAACAAGAAAAAAUACAGAUGAAAGAAGAAUCUAAAGCUGCAGUGGAGAUGCUACAAACACAAUUGAAAGAGCUAACUGAGGAAGUAGCAGCCUUGUGCAAGGACCAAGAGACCUGGAAGGCCCAAGGGCAGAGUCUGGACUCACCAGUGCAGGAAAUACAUCAGCUGAGAUGUGGCAUUGGAAAGCUGAAAGUCCACCGAGAGGCUGACGAAAAGAAGCAGCUCCAUAUCUUAGAAAAACUGAAGGAAAGUGAGCAUCAUGCAGAUUUACUUAAGGAUAGAGUUAAGAACCUUGAAAGGGAACUAGAGGUAUCAGGAAAAAACCAAGAACAUGCGAUUCUUGAAGCUGAGAAGUCCAAAGCAGAGGUAGAGACCCUGGAAGCAAAAAUAGAGGAGAUGGCCCAAAAUCUGAGGGAUUCAGAAUUGGAUCUUGUCAAUAUAAGGUCAGAAAAACAAGACCUGAUAAAAGAAUUACAAAAAGAGCAAGGGCGAGUGUCUGAGUUAGAAACACUGAAUUCUUCAUUUGAAAAGCUACUGCAAGACAAAGAGCAAGAAAAAGAACAGAUGAAAGAAGACUCUAAAGCUGCAGUGGAGAUGUUUCAAAUGCAAUUAGAAGAGCUCAAAGAGAAAGUGGCAACUUUGUGUGAUGACCAAGAGACCUGGAAGAUCAAAGAGCAGAGCCUGAGUAGUCAAGUGGAUUCCCUUGAACAAGAGAAGGCUCAAUUGCUCCAAGGCCUUGACGAGGCCAAAAGUAAUUACGUUAUUUUGCAGAAUUCUGUGAAUGGCCUCAUUCAAGAAGUAGAAGAUUGCAAGCAGAAGCUAGAGAAAAAGGAUGAAGAAAUCUGUAUCCUACAAAAUCAGACUCAAGACCACGAGCAGCUCGUUUCUAAACUGUCCCAGAUGGAAGGAGAACAACAACUCUGGAAGAAGCAAAAAACAGAACUGGGAAACCUGAUGGUGGAAAUGGAGCAAAAGAUCCAAGAGGUGCAAUCCCAAAACGACACUUUGCAGGACGCCUUAGAAGCUCUGCAGAAUUCUUCCGAGGGUCUAGAGAAAGAGCUUGAACUGACAAAAAUGGAAAAGAUGUCCUUGGUUGAAAAAGUAAACACAAUGACUGCAAAGGAAACUGAGCUGCAGAGGGAAAUGCAUGCGAUGGUGCAGCAAACCACGGCGCUGGAAGAAGAAUUUAGUGGGGAGAAAAACAGGCUCACUGAAGAAUUAAAGAGCAACAAAAGUCAACUGAAGGAGCUCAUGUUAGAAAAUAAGGACUUGAAGGAGAGUUUGGAUUGUGUACACAAAGACCAGAUGGAAAAGCAAGAGAAGAUGAGAGAAGAAAUAGCUGCCUAUCAGAUACGACUGCAGGAAGCUGAAAAGAGACACCAGGCUUUGCUUCUGGACACAAACAAACAGUAUGAAAUGGAAAUCCAGACGUUUCGAGAGAAAUUGACUUUGAAGGAAGAAUGUCUCAGCUCACAGAAGGUGGAGAUAGACCUCCUAAAGUCCAGUAAAGAAGAACUUAGUAAUUCUUUGAAAGCGACCACUGAGAUUUUAGAAGAACUGAAGAAAACCAAGAUGGAAAACCUGAAAUAUGCAGAUAAGCUGAAAAAGGAGAAUGAUCGUGCCCAGGGGAAAAUAAAGUUGUUGAUCAAAUCCUGUAAACAGCUGGAAGAGGAAAAGGAGAUGUUGCAGAAAGAACUCUCUCAUCUUGAGGCCGUCCAGGAGAAACAGAAGACAGGCACUGUCGUGGACGCCAGCGUCGAUGAAUUAAUGAUCGAGAUGAAGGAACUGAAAGAAACUCUUGAAGAAAAAAACAAGGAGGCAGACGAAUACCUGGAUAAAUACUGUUCCCUGCUUAUAAGCCAUGAGAAGUUAGAGAAAGCCAAAGAGAUGUUAGAAACACAAGUUGCUCGUCUGAGCGCACAACAGUCUAAACUUAAUCUUCGAAGCUCUCCUUUGCUGAGUUCAGCUGUUCCAGGACCAUCCCCAGUCCCUUCUACUACUGAAAAGAAAUUAUCAUCCAGCCAAAAUAAAGCUUCAGGCAAAAGGCAAAGGUCCAGUGGGAUUCGGGAGGAUGGAGAAACCACGCCUUCUACGCCAGAGACGUUUUCUAAAAAAAGUAAGAAAGCUGUCAAAAGUGGUUUUCACCCCACAGAGGAUUUAGAAGACGCUGAGUGUGAGCCAGAGGGACUUCCGGAAGUUGUAAAGAAAGGGUUUGCUGAUAUCCCAACAGGAAAGACCAGCCCAUAUGUCCUGCGGAGAACCACCAUGGCCACAAGGACCAGCCCCCGCCUUGCUGCGCAGAAGUUAGCACCAUCUCCCCUAAGUCUCAACAAAGAAAAUCUUGCUGAGACCUCCAAACCAACAGCUGGUGGCAGCAGAUCACAAAAGGUCAAGGUUACUCCGCAGAGCCCCGUGGAUUCAGGCGUUGCCCUCCGAGAACCCACUGCCAGAUCUCUCUCCGCCACUAACCUUCCUGAGGGAAGUUCGGCUGACAGCCCCCAUGAGGGCCUGAGGGCCAAGCAAGGCCGGCUGGUCCCUAGCCCAGAAGCUGGCCCCCAAGCCAAGGAGAGUGAGAACUGUAGGGUCCAGUAGAAGAGCCCUGUGUGUCAGCAGCCCUGCAGUGCUGAACAGAAGGCAGUGUGUCUGCGAGGCUCUCUUGCUGGGGAGCACACUGUCAGAGGGAGGAAAACCAUUCCUUAUAAAUCUAAAUGGACCAGACUCUUUAGAUUUCUCCUCAGCGUUAGAAAAAUUUGGAAGCACUGAUUACCUCUUCACAGACAUUCCUCUCCUCUUAUGUAGAGUAGUUCUGUAUAAACCUUUUUGGUAAUGUUACACGGAAAUGGCAAGCACUAUGUAACACUUCUAUUUGUAUGUGGAUAUUACACUUAAAAAACGCAGAACAUUUUUUUUUCCCACUUGAACAGCUCCCAGGAAAAUGUAAACUUUUGCAUUACGAUAUUUCCUUUGUAUAGUGUUAGGCAGGAAAUAACUUUAGAUCAAGAAUUUCUCUGCGUUGAGUAAAAUGAAGGAAAAGUGUAUGUUUUCAAACAAACAUGCACACAAUCCAUAUGUGGGAGUGUCCCUCCUUCUCUACUGUGUUUUCUGGAUCUUGGCUUCUCUAACCUGUACAUAUUUGUGUGUGGGGUGGUGAGAACGGUGUGUUGAUUUCCGAUUAGCCUGCCUGUAGGUUCCUCAAAGGUGUAGUAUAUUGUUUUCUGACAUUGUGCUGUUUCUUCUAUUAAAAUAUGACACUUUUUUCUAAUAAAAAAUUCACCUUUGUUUUCUGUGA